UUUUAUUGCAAUUGAUGAACAAUCAAAAGAAUCAAUUUUCCAGAGGCCACCAGAAGUUAGACAUGUUCCAAAUAAAGCAUCAUCACAAAUGUCUGGAUGGAAUUAUGGUCUUAGAACUAGUACUAAUCCUUAUGCUAGCAUCCCAACAUCAGCAUUUAACAUAUUGCAUUACGUGCAUUACGAAAAACCUUUUGUAUCACAUCAGGCACCUCAACAGCAACAAUAUUGUUUUCCCGCAUCACUUCAGGCACCUCAACAGCAACUAUAUUGUUCUCCCGUAUCACUUCAGGCACCUCAACAGCAACAAUAUUUUUCUCCUGCUUUACGGUUUCCACUUCCUUCUUCUAACGAUAUUAAUAAUGAUCAAAAUCAAAAUCAAAAAGAAAGAGAGGAUGUGACGAAAAAGGUGACGACCAAGAAAGAAAUAAAAGAACAUGAAAAACCCAAUAUUGAAACACUAUUAACAUUUUUGUCACUUCAAUCAUUUGAUGGCAAAUUUCAACCUAAAAAUGAAUUUUUUGAAUUUUUUGGAAAGAAUUCAUUGGAUGAAUUCAACUUUGAAAAUAAUUUUGAAAAUAAAGAUGAUAUGCAGCAAAAAGUGAAAUUAUGUACAAUUAUUGCAUUGAUUUAUUUGGAAGUGGUGAUGAUGAAGGAUUUUAAAGAUGAAUGUGAUAUUUGUUACAAAAAAUCUAAAAAAGCGUUAACAACUAAAUUUAAAGAUUAUAAUGAAGAGAAUGUCAAGAAUGUUAUGGACAGUGUUAGGAAAUGGAUGAAUGAUUGGAUCAAAGAAUAA